AUGCAGAAUAUGCCCUUAGAUUUCGCAAGACGAAAUGGUUUCAACAAAGGGAGGCAUAAGGUAAUGUUGAUGAACCAAGAAGGAAAGUCAUGGGAAUCAGAAGUCAAGUGUAAGAGGUCUGGUCAGGUUUUCAUAUGUAGAAACUGGAGACGUUUUUGCACCGCAAGUAAAUUAAAAGUUAGAGACUCUUUCAAAUUUAAACUGCUCCAGAACACGGAAACGCCUGUGUUUAAGCUCUGUAACCGCUCAAAGGUGAGGCCCAAGACGGAGAGUAGAGCUCUGUCAGAGGAAAAUAAUGUUGUUGAGAAAACUGAAAUACCCAGGUUUGUUAAGGUAACUCCUUCAGCAAGUAGCCUUGAGAUUGGUAAACAGAAUCUGUCAUUACAUUUCACGAGAGCGAACAAGCUCAACAGGCCAGGGGAGAUAGUAUUGGUAGACAAAUACAAAGUCGAGUGGACGAUGAAACUUAAGGAGGAUAUUAGCAGUGGAACUAUGUAUAUCAUGGAUGGUAAGGGAUGGAAAAGUUUCUGUGCAGCGAAUGAAGUAGUCGCUGGAGAGUCUCUAACUCUGGAGUUGAUCCGACGAGGGAGAAUUCCAUUGCUUAGGUUUUGCUCCAAGAUGGAGCAAUCACCAUUUCAAACAAAGGCUAUAGAACACAAGAGAGCGCGAGUUCAGAGAAUGUGACAGGAGAGUAGAUCGAAGCAUGGUGUCUCAAAUCAGGAGGCUAAAGUGAA